CAGAUGCAAGUCUUGAGCGGAUCCCCGCACUUCGCUUCCUCAGUGGGGCCGGAGGAGCCAUGGCGGCUGCUGCCUGCGGACUGCACGGCGCUGUGGUAGCAACCUCAGUCAGCGGCAAAAAGACGGUCACUUACCGGGAAUACAACAGGAGGAACCGGGAGAACUCCCGCCGAAGACAAGCAGCUCUUUUGUUCCUGACUAACAUCUCUCUCGACGGCCGGCCGGUCCGGAGUAAUUCAGCGGAGACUGGAAGGAGCUACAACAAAGAGCCCGAGUUUGAUGGAGCAAACCCCGGCACCGCAGCAGCGGGAGGUCUCUGUGCGGAUCCCCCUCACAUGAACAGCCUGUCGGCGUCUGUCAGUUGUGGGGUCGUUAGUCCCGGAUCGAAGGCAAGUCUCACAGUACCGCCAAUCCUGGUCCUUCCGUCCGAUAGCGGGCAUAUCGAUGUGGGGAGCACGGAGGUGCUGCUGGGAAGCCGCCGAGGCUCGGUCCCCUCACCGGGGGACGGUAACCUGCUCUCCCCGUCCCUUUCCAACAACAGCCUGCUACCGUCUCCGCUGGGACCGCGGAAGUCCUCCACGCUGCUGUCGGUCCAGAGCUGCAACUCUGUGUCCUCCGAACCUCGGCACAGAACUCGGAACCUCUCUGGUGGUUCUCCGAGACCUCGACAAGCAAAGAAGAUCCACUUCAUUAAAAACAUGAAGCAGUACGACACCAGAGGCAGCAGGAUCGUGCUCAUCUGUGCGAAGAGGUCUCUGUGUGCUGCCUUCUCUAUCCUGCCGUACGGAGAGAGCUUCUACCUCAGUGACCCCACAUUAAACCACCCCAGGAGGAGACACUCCUCUGGAAACAUUUCCACCACCCUGGAGAUGGUGCCGGGACUUGAGGGUUUCCAGCUGGACUCGUAUGGGAGGUCGGUGUCCUACGCCCAGUUCCUGUACCCCACCAACGCUCUGGUGAGGUGCAAGCCGUCGUCAGUCAGCGACCUGACGCUGCAGAUCCCCAUGUCCAGGAGCACACACAGCAUCCCGGGCAGGAGCCACCCGCCCAGCCGCCUGAGCAGCACCGUGGGACUGGACCUGGGUGUGGAAGACGUGUCAGAAUACGACCCCAACCUCCUCAGUGACCCCCAGUGGCCUUGUGGGAAACAUAAACGGGUGCUGAUCUUCGCCUCCUACAUGACGACUGUUAUCGAGUACGUCAAACCGUCCGAUCUGAAGAAAGACAUGAACGAGACUUUUAAGGAGAAGUUUCCCCACAUCAAGCUCACCCUCAGUAAAAUCCGCAGCCUGAAGAGAGAGAUGAGUCUCGUCGGGGAGGACUGCGGCCUGCAGCCCGUCACCGUUGCCAUGGCGUUUGUGUAUUUUGAGAAGCUGGUUCUGCAGGGUCGGCUCAACAAACAGAACAGGAAGUUGGUGUCAGCUGCCUGCAUCCUUUUAGCUGCUAAGAUCAGCAGCGACCUGAAGAAGCAGGAGGUCAAACACCUCAUAGAUAAGCUGGAGGAGCGCUUCAGGAUCAGCAGGAAGGAGCUGAUUUCGUUUGAGUUCAUCAUCCUGGUUGCCCUGGAGAUGGCGCUGUACCUCCCUGAAAGUAAAGUGUUGCCUCAUUACAGGCGGCUGAUGCAGCAGCAGCAGGUAUAGCGGCGCUUGGCUCAGCGGCACAGCGGCAGUCUGCUGCUCCGUCUUCCACCCGGAGACUCCCAGCACCUUCCACCACCUACACUGUGAUGAUCCUCACGAUGCCUUGCUCAGAGGCGGCUUCCACACCGUCCUCUGAGUGGUGCACAAUAAAAACCUGAGAGGGGAACACCAAAGUUACGACACACUGUGACAUCACCAAACGAAUCAUCAGAGAAAUACUGAGGCCUGAGAAAUUACUGUCCCCAGUAUAAACCAGUCAUUUUAGAUCCAGUUCCUACCAGGAAACUCCCAGUUUGAUCCUUAAUUUUUUACACACAGUUGUAAAAUUUAAAAAAGUUGUUUCUUUGACAUGUUAGCAACUCUUCUGAGCGAUAAGAAAGACUUAUUUCAGUCUAAAUUAAUUUAAAUAACUUAAAAUGAACUUAAUUUUUCUAGUACCUGAAUUCACUGAAACAUCGUAACAAUAAUCAAUAAAUAAAAAAUAUAAAAUAGAAAUAAAUACCUUAAGGUAAGUAUAGACCAAUGUCAAUUAAUUUAGUGGUUUUAGUGAGCAUCUUUUCAGUUUAAUUAUGCUCGAACAUGCGUCACUGUGUUAAGAAUGGGUGAUAUUGACUUAAAAUUUCAUCAUAAUCAUUUUUUAAAUUUUUUUAUAGUUGAUUAAAUUCCUCAACAUGCAGAUGUGGCAGUGAGACAGAUGUUGACUAAAUGAACAAUGUACAAAGUACAAAGAAGGAUUUGAGUUUAACAGAAUAACUUCUGUUAUUUAGUGGGGAUGCACCGAUCCACGUUUUUCACUUCCGAUACCGAUAUCUGAAGUUUAGUAUCGGCCGGUAGUGGCCUGAUACAGAAAAAUAUCGCUGGAUUGACUUUUUUAAUCACAGACAUAAAUCUACUGAAUCACAACGUUUGUCAAACAUGUAAAAAAUAAACUGCUUCAAACCACUAAGAGGAGAAUUAAGGAGCACAAGCUUUUAAAACGGUUAACAGGAGAGUUUAAAUGUGUCGCCAUGAUUACUGAGCAUUUGACAAUCAUUUUAUUGCACUCCAAAUAAUCUGAUCGGCUGCUGCCAGAUGAUGUUUCUGAGGAUCAACGGAGGAUAAUUAGGAAGAGUUCCUGGAAAGUUUCGGGAUCAUCGUCUCCUCCUCCUCCAUGUGCUGUGAUCGUGUUUAUUCACCGUCUGAAGGUGUUUCUGGUAGCGCCUGAAAGCGUCAUCCACUUUUCUGUUCACACUGAGCUGCACUCAGAAGCUCCAGCUGUGGAGUUUGGAUGUUUAAGUGCCUUUGUGUGGCGAUUUCAUGCAAAGCAGAGCUGAUUCAGUCGUCUUCCUGUCCUGUAAUCUGUUUUCCUGCUGUACCGGCAGACGCUGUGAUCAGAAAACGUUUCUUCCGCUCUGAACAUCUUCCAGCAUGAGAAACGCUGCCCUCCUGUGUCCGCUGUCCGGAAACAUCUGUAGUGUUUGUGUUGCUUACGGUUAUCUCUGAAAAGUGAGUAAAAAUGGAUAUUUUGAGACGGUGAAACAGGAACAAACGUUGUGGUAAACAUCCCAUUUAAGGGAAGGAACUCUCUGUGGCUGCAAACAUCCUCAUUCUCUGAAUCAUCACUAAACAAAUUCCAACCUUUGGGUUCCUGAGCUGCAGCAGAAAAGCAAUAAUGAACUCUUGAACUCUAUUUAUUGUUUUUAUUGUACAAUAAAGGGAUGAAUCUGUAUCCAGACCGAGGUUUCUGUCAGGAUGUGUGCAGUUGUUCUUUUCUUCCUUCAAGCUGCAACGUUAAAUCGGCUCCUUGAGCUUCUAAAUUGGGCAUUCUUCCUUUGGCGGCCAUGUUGGGGGAAGUCACUUCCUGCUGAGCCUCGGUUAUUUUUGCACUUUGCCUUUUUAGCCUCACCUCAGUCUUUAUUUUGUCACUAACUAAUAAUAUUUUUCUACAUGUGAACAAUCUUUAUUGUAACCUUGGAUGUUUUGAAUGAACUGUGUCACAGAAACGUAUUUAUUGCUAAUAAUCCGUCAGAUAAAGGAGAAUCAUGUGCGAGCAGAUAUAUGUAGCUGAAAAUUACUCCAAGUACAACCCGAUUCUGAUUCUGGUUCUGAUUCUGAUUCUGCGUUCUUAGACUGACAUCCAUGUUCUUCCACUUGUGUUUUUUCUGUUUUGUGUUAAAGAAAAUGUGUUUGUUGGAGCAGGAGAGACGCUUCCUGUACUGCAAAAACACAAAGUAUUUUUGUGUAGUUUCUAGUGCAAAUAUCUUGGCACACUUGGAAUAAAGUAAAACUAAUAAGUAACUUUUCAGCAAGAUAUAGGAGCUUGUUUUAUGUCAAUAAUUUAUAGUUCUUGGCAAAUGAUUUCUCUUGUAACAGGGGAAAUAUAUCUUGUUACAAGUUAAAUAAUCUGCCAAUGUAACAAGUACUUUGUUAAUCAAUAUUAAGAAAUUAUUCACU